AGAAAGAAAGAAAGAAAGAAAGAAAAAGAAAGAAAGAAAGAAAGAAAGAAAGAAAGAAAGAAAGAAAGAAAGAUGGCAACCUUACAGCAAAGGAAGCGAAGAAGAAGAAAGACACAAAGUAGGAAACUUGUGGAAGAUUCGUGUGAUUUAGUGAAUCCAGAGAAAAAAUCUGCUGACAUAGAACGACUAGCUUACAGAUACAUGCAGAAGUGUUCUGUUGAGUCCAGCACUGACUCUGAAUCUGAUGCUAACAUAGAGGUUCUGUCCGUCAGCAUGUUCACUGAAGGAUCCCUGGACAGAAAAAGCCACACGCAGCUACAUUUUGUGGACCCUUAUGAUGGAGACUAUGAAGAAAUCUCAGGCAACUCAGACUGUGGUUUGGAUUUUGCUGACUCAGCACUGGUUUAUCUUAGUCAUCCUAUCACAGAGGUACAGGCAAGAGAAGACAAUCCUCCAGAAAAACAGGUGACCCUUUCCAUAUCACCACCCAAAAUAGUUACCUCAAAGAAUGAAUCUGAACCGUUGCAGACUUCGGAACCAGAACCAUCCUGGUUUGCAGGUCCAAAUUCUGAAAUUGCAACCUCUGAAGAUGUGUUACAGCCCAUGUUGACUGACUGUGACUACAAAUUCUAUGAAGAUCUAAAUACCAACAAAAAGCAAAGGCGAUCUGCUCUAGAAUGUGGAGAAAAAUUAAGAAAAAGAUUGCGGGUGAUUUAACCUGUCAAUGGACUCAUUUAGUAUAACUGAAUGUGGAAUUGGCUAGGGGUGAACAGGUACUUUAUGCUGCUGAGUAUUUCCAUUGCAAAGGGCCCACAAGUGGCACAAUAAAUAAGAUGGAGACUUAAAUGUGCAAGUAUUUUUUAACCUUCAAGUAAGCCACUCUUCCGAAAGAAUACCUUCCAAGCAAGUCAGUAUGAGAAAUAAAUGUUUAUCUCAUUCGUAUUUUGAGGCUGAGGAAAAGGAACCUUUAGAUUACUGUGAAUGCAUCAAG